AUGGAACUAACGCUCAUUGCUCGUGUUAGAGAUGGACUCAUUUUGGCGACAUCGAUUGAAGGAAACAGUGAUCAAAGUGGAGACUCGAGUAUGGUGAAGUAUUCGAAUCAAGCCAAGAUGCUCUUCAAAAAAUUACAUGGAGCUCCGGCACAACAAACUGUGGAAAGUGGACCAUACGUUUUCCACUAUGUCAUCAUUCAAAACAUUUGCGCAUUGGUUUUGUGUGAGCGUAACUUUCCACGCAAAGCUGCAUUUCAGUAUUUGAACGAUAUCGGUCAAGAGUUUUUGAAUUCCUACAGCUCAAAAGUAGAACAAGUCGUUCGACCAUAUCACUUCCUCGAUUUUGACAAGUAUAUUCAACAAGCCAAACAAAGAUAUGCCGACACAAACAAAUACACGAUGAACGCGGUUUCAAAUGAGCUUCAAGACGUCACCAGAAUUAUGGUUACCAACAUUGAGGAUGUCAUUCAUCGCGGAGAAGCUUUGAAUAUUUUGGAGAACCGUGCUUCCGAGCUCUCAGGAAUGAGCAAGAAAUAUCGUGACGACGCCAAAGCGCUGAACAGAAGAUCGACAGUUUUCAAAGUAGCCGUGUCUAUCGGAAUCGCUGGUUUCCUCUUUCUUGUCGCACGUUUCCUUAUUUUCUGA